AUGGCGCCAGGAAUCUGGUUGCGACAAUACCAUCAGUUGAGAUAUGCUACGUCAGCAGUAAAUCACGACAUUCCCACAUCUAGGAAUCGCUUACACGAUUACUUAAAGGAUAAGGAGGUGAUGGAAUUGACCGGAGAAAUUGCAGCACCAACAGAGCAACGAUGCCAUAGCAUUUGCGAUGAUUUGGCCAAACUUUCAAGAAACAGGAAUAUCGAAAUUGAGCUGUUGCCUGAGAAGAUCCCUAUUUCGUGUCAUGAGGUUGAAAAUGUACUUUUGUCAGCACCAAAGUACCCAAAGGUGUCUUUUUUCCCUGAUGGCUAUAUAAAUAUAUCUUUGGCGCGCCGGGGUUCACACAGUGAUUUUAUUCGUGACGCCAGGGAUUUUCGUAAUGAAGAGGUAGCAUCGUCUAGUCGAUUGUUUCCCAUGCACCGCACCCGAGGUCGCAAGAUCGAAGAGGCCGAUGUAAAGAUGCUUCAGCGCAAUCUUGACGCGAAUUUAUCAGACAUUAUUGGCUUAAAGAAUCCAUCUGAUUUGGUAGAAAUGCUGCGCCAGAUGCAUGCACUGGAUCUUUCUAUUAAAAUAAACAAAUUUGCAGAGGUGUCAAAAAAAAUUUCGAAGGGUUUGGUGUCGAUGUCCACACGCGAGCUUGUGGAUGUCGCAUGUCUGAUAAAAAGUUACCUGGGCCGCGACUAUGAAUCCGGAUCUUUUCUAAUCGGCGCGAUUGGAGGGCGCUUAGAUAAACGUUCUGGUGCUCUAUAUUAUAUGUCUGCAUGUGAUAUACUUGCCUGUAUUCUCCCAAUUUUACAGAUGCAAAUAUCUUUUCCACGCACAAAAUGGACUAUUCUAACAAAUUCGCAACUAUUACGGAGGCUUGUCACCGACGUGAAUCUGCUUGAUGCGAACAGGAAGGCAGAUUUGUUUAUCCUUUUAACCGUUUCCAACACUAUUGUCCAGUUAAGCGAAGACCUCGCUGAGUCCACAAAGUUUAUCGCAGGAAAACUGGCGGUUGAGGUGUCAGACAUUUCUGAUAGCACUAUGCAUCGCUUGCUCUCUGUAAUUGACAUAUUCGAGACCAGGUUUCCCAUCCUUCGAGAUGUUUUGUAUCGGAACUCAUUUCACCGAUCUAGAUCAAUACAGCCGAGCCAGCUGGCAUCUGUUUACUUACGCAUGGCAUCAACUAAGGACGUGCCAAAACAUGUCAAAAAUAUCAUCGGUCGGCGUUUAGUAGAGAUUACGACUAGUGCCGUGAUAGAUCUCUACUGUCGCCAUCUGAAGGAUGGAGUGCAAAAUGCACGUCAAUUAAAAGCGUUCGAAUGGGCUAUUUCGAAGAAACGCGCAACAUUGACCAUGCGAGAUAUGUCAACGAUACUUAUGUAUCACAGCACACACGGCACAUCUAUCUCACGUUUGAAUGAGGUCAUAAAGGCGAGGUUUUUGGAUCUGAAGAGCACUGGUAACGUAAAACACGACGAGGUCUUAGAUUUCGUUCUAUCCAUGUCGCUGGUGGGACUACACAACGACCUUGACGUUUGGGCUGGGGUGGAUUUAGUCCAUCUAGUUUAUUCGACUCCGAACAACAUUCUGGUAUACUUGGGGUACGCUUUACUGCUCACAGGACAACGUAAUAGAGGCAUAUGGACUAUUCUCUUGGAAAGGUACGCUUAUAUAGAAUCCGCUAGUAUAAACAGUUGCAGGAUACUUUACGAUUCGAAACAUUAUUCUUGCGAACUUUACGAAGUUCUUAAAAUUGCGCAAGUGUUUGGCAUUAUAAGGGAUGAUAUGGAAUCUCAUCUGCUAAAUCGGGCGUUAUGGGUGCUGCAACACACGAAGUCACAACAUUACGCAAAAGUGUCUCGACAAAGGUAUCAAACUCACGCCCCCAUAGAGGAAGCAUUGAAUCUAACCGGAUUACAGUACUCCAAAGGCGUUGUGGUCGACGAACUCUAUGAGGCACCGUUUUACAUAACGUCGCACAAGAUAAUUUUGGAUCCAUUACGCGAGUCAUAUAUGCACGUGACAACGGGACUUGAAGUCGGUGAGGCCCACCUACGACAUACUGUGUGGCACAAGCAAGGGUACCGCCCAUUUCCCCUAAAUGCGCCUUCAUUGAAUAAGUUUAAGGAUACGAACAGUGAUACGUGGAAUAUACCUGCAUUGGCAGAGUUUAUAUGUAAGGUUAUGAAGAUGGAGAAGUACGGCCCACUACACGGUAAGGUGUCAAUAGCAUCUCUCAUGCGUGACAGGUCUGGGCCGUCUCAAAGUGUUGCGAACAAGAAAACCUGA